GAGGAGGAGCAGGGGCGGUGCCUGCAGCCGGGAUCACCGCCCCGGCCGACACGGGACCCUCCGGCUCCGCCAUUGUGGGCGGAGCUGGAGCGCUCCCUUUCCCCCAGCACCGCCUGUCCUUUAUGGUCGCUAUCCUACAACCACGGGGGGCACGGUCACUUCGGCUGCGCCGCCCAGUUAUGUAGGAUUUCCCACUGUGGAAGGGGGGAAGCAGGAACUGGAGGGAUUUCCAGCUUCUGCCCCGUGUCAUCAGGGAACGAGCACUCCAAGAAAGAGCAAAUCAAUCCCGGCCUCCGACAGGAAGCAAAGGCAGAGUCUUCCCCCCCUUUGACUCCUCGAGUGUGAAAGUCGAAACUCGAGACAGUGAUUUUACUGACACAGGUACAGAAGCCUCUGAUGGCAAAUUAGAUAGUAGCAUGGAGGAGGAAAAACCUCCUGUAGUAAAACCAAAAACAAAGGGGAGGAGAGUCUGUGAAGCCCUAGCAGAUUCCAGCCCAGUGGCUAGAAGAACGAGGACAAAGAAGGAAAAACCUGUGGUAGAGGCUCCCUUAAUACAGGCUAUGGGUAACCAAGGCCCAGUGUUAAUAAAGGUUCCUUUUUCUCUGGUUGAAUUGCAGCAGUGGAAAGCUUUUGUCGGAGCAUAUAGAGAUAACCCAGAUAAAGUGGCUAAUUAUAUGGAAAGAGCAAUUAGAACACAAAAUCCAGAUUGGUGUGACUUAGAAGUGAUGAUGGAUACAUCACUUGACUCCACAGAGAAGGAAAUGGUUAAGCGAGCUGCUCAGUCUAGAAUUGAGCUACUAAUAACAGGUGGAGUACUCACAGGGAAACUUAAGGAUAUUUUCCCCCUAGAGGACCCGAAGUGGGACCCUAAUUUACCAGAGAAAAAAGAAGCAUUGAAACGCUAUCAGGACUGGGUACUGUAUGGUUUCAGGCAUGUGAUUCCAAAGGCAGUGAACUGGUCAAAGGUGGAUGAAGUAAAACAAGAUAGAAAUGAGUCCCCAACAGACUUUCUGAAUAGGCUAAAAGAGGUUAUACGAAAAUAUACAGGCAUAGACACGGAGUCAGGUUUCGGGGAAAAGUACUUGGUCUAUUUGUUCAUAUACCAGUCUGCGGAUGAUAUAAGGAAAAAGCUGCAGAAGGUAGGGGGCAGGAAAGAUAUUGGUGAAUUAUUGGAUAUUGCUUGGACAGUGUAUCGCAAUAGAGAUCAGAAAGGCAGGGCAAGGGUGCUGAAGCUAGAGGAAGGUACCUGCCAUGUACUCCACAGAAGCAGUAACUGUCAGGAACGCCGCAAACAUAAUGCCUACCACAAGUAUUAUAAAUGCAAUCACCAACAUGAUAGGGCAAACGAUCGAUGUUUUUUUCUGUAAAAAGAAGGGACAUUGGAAAAGGGAUUGUCCAGACUUGAAAAGAAGUGGAAAUCCAGUCCCUCAACUGUCUGUGAACCGGGAUGCAUGAAGGGGACUGGAGGAUUCUUCCCCAGCAGAACCUCUGGUUAUAGCUAAGUUCGGGGAAGAAGAAAUUGAAUUCUUGGUUGAUACAGGCACAGCAUAUUCUGUGUUAAAUACCUUAGAAGGGAAAUUGAGUCGUGAUACUAUAACUGUGGUUGGUGCUACAGGGGUAAGUGAAACCAGGCCUUUCUUUAAACCUUUGAGAUUUAAAUUAGGUAAACACUGGGUAACUCAUCAAUUCCUCUAUAUGCCAAACUCUCCCAAGGCUUUAUUGGCUAGAGACUUAUUGGAGAAAUUAGAAGCUGAAAUUAAAUUCUGCAGGGGGGGAAAUAAAAGUCAUAAUUCCUGACACUAAUUAUAUCAAGGCAGCUACCUUCUUCAUACAGGAGAACCACAGAGAGAUCCUCACAGAUGGAUGAGAAUGCAUGAGAAUGCUGUCAUCCCUAUAGUAUGGGCUAGCGAGUGUCCUGGGAGAUCCAAACAAGCAGAGCGUGUAAGCAUCACACUCAAACCAGGAGCAACACCGGUAAGACAAAAACAAUACCCCUUGAAGCUAGAAAGCUGUAAAGGGUUAGCACCCAUAAUUGAAAAUUUCUCAGAUUUGGGUUAUUGGUAGAACAUGAGUCCAAAUUCAACACCCCUAUCCUACCGGUAAAGAAGGCUGAUGGCAAGAGCUAUCAAUUGGUCCAAGAUCUGAGGGCAAUCAACAAAAUAACCAAGGACAUAUACCCAGUAGUAGCCAACCCCUAUACCUUAUUGACCACAUUAACAGAUGAUUUAGGGUGAUUUACUGUGCUUGAUCUCAAGGAUGCCUUCUUCUGCAUUCUUGUACAUAAGGACAGUCAAGAGCUUUUUGCUUUUGAAUGGGAAAAUCCCGAGACAGGGAGAAGAACUCAACUCCCCUGGGCAGUUCUACCGCAGGGUUACAAGAACAGCCUGACAAUAUUUGGAAACCAACUGGCAAAAGAACUGGAGGACCGGAGAAGGUAGCAACCAGAAGGAAUUGUCCUGCGAUAUGUAGGUGACAUACUAAUUGCUGCCAAAAGUCAAGACAAAUACAUUGAGCUCACUGUAAGUCUUUUAAACUUUUUGGGACUAAGUGGGUAUAGGGUCUUGAAAGAGAAAGCACAGAUUGCAAAGGAGAUAGUCAUCUGUCUGGGGCUUGAAAUCUACCAUGGACAUCGACAGCUCAGCACAGACUGGAAAGAAGCCAUUUGUAGUCUCCCAGAGCCCCACACCGUAUGAGAAAUGCAGGCAUUCCUAGGAAUGAUAGGAUGGUGUCACCUGUGGAAAGUUAACUAUGGGUUACUAGUCAAACCCCUAUUUGGAACACUAAAAGCAGCCAAGGAAGGAGUUGUAACAUGGACAGAUGAGACCAGAGCCGCGUUUAAACAGCUGAAGCAAUCUUUAAUGUCAGCUCCAGCAUUGAGACUAUCAGACCUAACUCAGCCUUUUGAACUGUUUACAUAUAAGCAACUAAAUGUUGCUCUGGGGGUAUUAUCACAGACCCUGGGAAACCAGCAAAGGACUGUGGCCUACUUCUCCAAACAUCUAGACAGUGUUAGCCAAGAAUGGCCGGGGGAUCUGAGAGAUGUAGCAGCAACUGCUAUCCUGAUCCAGGAGGCCUGAAAACCCACCCUUGAGCAGCGCAUUGUCGUGUAUGUACCCCAUGCAGUCCAAGCUGCACUUGAGCAGAAGGGGGGCCACUGGCUGUCCCCUAGCAGGAUGCUUAAAUACCAAGCUGUGUUGUUGGAACAUGAUCAUGUUACCGUGAAAGCAACAUCUAUUGUAAAUCCUGCUGUGUUUCUGUCCUCAGCAUUGACUGACAGUGUGCCUGAGCAUGACUGUUUGCAGACCAUUGAGGAGGCGUAUUCCAGCAGACCAGACUUUAAGGACGUGCCUCUGGAAAACCUGGACUGGGAACUGUACACGAACGGAAGCAACUUCAUGCGGGAUGGUAAGAGAAUGACAGGAUAUGCAGUGACAACCAAGGAUGAAGUAAUUGAGAUGAAGGCCUUGCCAGCAGAUGUGUCAUCCCAAAAAGCAGAACUAAUUGCACUGACAAGAGCUCUAGAACUGAGCGAAGGAAAGAAGUUAAAAUCUGGACUGAUUCUAAGUACGCAUUCAGUGUUGUACAUGCCCAUGGAGCCAUCUGGAAAGAGAGAGGGCUACUAACUGCCCAAGGCAGUGGGAUCAAACAUGCUGACCAAAUCCAUGCACUCCUGCAGAGUAUUUGGAAACCAGAGGACGUGUCUAUCAUGCAUGGCAGAUCUCAUCAAAAGGGGAAAACAACUCUCGAAUUGGGAAAUCAUUUUGCUGACCAGGCGGCAAAAGGGGCUGCAGAAAAAGGUAUCCUAGCAGUAAUACCACAGAAAGAAAUUGUUCUGUCAGGGUUCACCCCAAAAUAUGAUGAGAAAGACCACCAGUUAGUUAAGUCCCUUAAUGCUGAAAUCAAAGAAAGUGGAUAGGCUGUUACACCUACAGGACAGGUUGUGAUCACACCCCAACUUCUUAGGGAGAUAGCUCUACAGGAACAUGAGGCUACCCACUGGGGACCAGAAAAUCUUCUAAAACAUUUGAAGAAGGUAGUAAUAGGGACAGGUAUGACCGAAGUUGUGCAAUCCAUUGUAAUUAAAUGUGAAAUCUGCAGGCAAAACAAUCCUGAUACAACUAAGAGAUUGGUGCUGGGGGUAACAAAGGCCAGGGACCUUCCAGGAGAUUAUUGGCAAAUAGAUUUUGCUGAGUUACCACUCAGGGAGGGAUACAAGUACAUAUUAGUACUGGUUGACACCUUCAGUGGAUGGCCUGAAGCUUGCCCCUGGUUCACUAACACAGCAAGGAAGUGGAAAAAGCUUUGCUCAACCAUAUAAUUCCAAGGUUUGGGGUUCCUCUAGGAAUGUCAUCAGAUAGAGGGACACAUUUCAUUGCAACAGUAGUGAAGGAGGUUUGUCAUGUCCUGGAAAUUGUCUGGGGCCUGCAUACUCCCUACAGACCUCAGGCAAGCGGCAAAGUAGAACGUAUAAAUGGUACUCUUAAAAUGCAAAUUGGUAAAAUUUGUCAGGAAACAUCCAUGUCAUGGGUUCAGGCUUUGCCUCUAGCUCUGCUGAGUAUUCACAUACAACCAAAACGGAGAGAUAACCUAAGUCCUUAUGAAAUAUUAUGUGGGAGACCAUACCAAGCUCUGCAUAUUCCAGGGGACAUUCACAUGAGGGGGAAAGUUGAUCUACAAAAGUAUUUAAUGGCUGUAGGCUAUACUUUACAGAAAGUCCAUAGAUUUAUUGAGUUAUCCAGACCUAUAGGACUGGACACCCCUGCUCAUCAGUUCCAGCCUGGAGACUGGGUCUACGUUAAAUGGUGGGACAGUGACCCACUACGAGCCAAGUGGAGAGGACCAUUCCAAGUCCUGCUGACUUCCCUCACUGCCAUCAAAGUUGCUGGCAAAGGACCCUGGUUUCAUUACUCCAGAGUAAAGAAAGCUUCAGUUCCUGGAACAACUAGCAAAUCAGAGCCUGACACAGAUGAAGAGGAUGCACUAAUAAAAAACUACAGAUAUAUGUCGUGACAUCCAGACCAAUAGGAUUGGACACUCCUGCCUUUCCAUUCCAGCCUGGGGACUGAGCCUAUGUUACAUGGUGGGACAGCUAUCCUUUGCAAGCCAAGUGAAGAGAUCUGUUUCAGGUUCUACUGUCUGCCCUCACCACACCCUUGGUUGGUGGCAAAGGAUAGUGGAUUCACUACUCCAUAAUUAAGAAGGCCUCUGCUCCCUGGACAGUAGAACAAAAGCAGAUAAAGAUAAAAAGAAAUGUCGUUUAAACUACUCUUUUUAUGUGUACUUUUUAUGUGUACUUUUUAUGUGUACUGCUGGUAUCCAUGAACCAAGUUUGGGACCAGAAUUUACAUUUGACCCUAGUUCAGAAUGUUUCUAGUAUUUUUCAUAAAAAUGACUGUUGGAUUUGUACUCAAAUUCCAACAACUGGUAAGAAAAAAGGCUGACCUUUGACUGAAACAAACUUCAGUGAGGUCCACAAACUCCAGGACCAUACGACACACAUGACACACACAGGCUCAGGAUCUCUCACAUCUGAAUGGUGUGGACAGAUCAAGAGAACCUACCUACCUAUAGCCCUAAGGAGCUUAAUCCUUAACCAUGAAAACUACAUGGUUCCCUGCAUAGUUGUUAAUGCCAUGGGAUAGGUCAUUCUUCCUUCAUAUUGCCAUUAAAUUAAGUCCAGAGUGAAACUAACACCAGAACUUAUAAAGGGAUUGGCACAAAUACCCUGGAGAAUGACCCCCACACACAGAGUUCAGGAUGCUACUGGAUAUGCAAAAAUGAAGCAUGAAAAGUUUUACCCUUUAAUAAGGAUGGGGCCUGUGUUCUUAGAGCCUUAGUUCGAAACAUAAUGAUAUUCCAUCGAAUUAAUUAACAAGGUGGGUGGGUAAGAACUUACAUAAAAAGAAUAAAAAGAUCCAAUAAUGCCCCUGUUGAUCAUCCCAUGGCCUUUCACAGUUUUGUUAGAGCUCUUAUUCCUUCUUCAUAAGUAAGUGAAUGAGAAGAAAGGGAUUGUCAACAUUUCAGCCACUACUGAACACACUGAGAAUCGAACUUGAGAUGCAUUCACUACCUUACAAGACAUGGUUUGUCUAGUGUAGUUCUGAAGAACAAAAUGGCUCUCUUAUGUAGUGUUGUUAACACCAGUUGCUGUACUUAUGUACAUCAAAGCGAAAAAAUUGCCACAGAUCUUGCAGAAAUUUUGAAACAAACUCAAACCCUACAUCAGGUAGCCCUUGAUUAUACCUCUUUAGGUUUUGAAAACAUUUGUCACAAACUCACUUCAUGGUUACUGAAUUGGACCUGGAUAAAACAGCUUUUUGUGAUAAUUAUACUUAUCAUUUGUGGGUUUAUAUUGGCUUGCUUUAUGAUUCAAUGUUGUCAUUCGUCUUUAUGGUUCAAUGUUAAAUAUAGGUAGUAGAAAGUUAACAGGAUGAAGUCCUUUAAAGCUUCUAAAAGGGGGAACUUGCAACUAUAAAGAAUAAUGUAGCUCAUUAGUGACUAUAAUUUACCAAUGUAGCCUAAACUAUGUAGUUUAUCAUUCUUUGUUAAGGGUCUCAACAGGCAGGAAUUUUAAUGAGGUAGAAGGUUCCUCUACUGUGAAGCAGGGACACAAAACUAGCAAACUAGUCAAAGCUGGUCAUAGACCUUGACACCAUUCCAGAAGAUGUGAUGCUGUGCCAAAAGCAAGGGAUCAAGAAAAAGACAAACUGAGGAAGACAAUGGAGAUGACCACUAGGGGUUCUUCAUGACCACCAACAGAACCUCAGAUUCAAAUUCAAGGGGCAUGUCAAGGGUGGAACAGUGGGUAGAAUGGUUUUGGAAGUAGG